AUGCAAGCAAUUUCAAUAAUAUUUUGGCAACAGUUGGCCAAACUCUGGCAUUGUCAGCGCAUCGGCAUCACAGUGAUUUGGUUAUUGUUCGAGCGAGUAUUUAAUGUGUCAAAAAUGCACGAAAAUAAGGGAAUCUGCCAACGAUUUUGCCAUUCGCUGGCCAAGGAGUUUCAAUGCGAAAAAAUAUUGUUAUCCCAUGAGCCAUCCGAUGUUUUCUGCAAAUCUCAGUGGCAAAGUCAGAGCAAAUCUUUGCUUUGGCUAAUCUAUCGUUGGAUCUUUGCAGCCUUAUUUUCGGCUGGUGUACUUAGCAACGUAAUACAAACUUUCCGAAAUGGCAUAUGGUUCAUCUACUUAACCGAUUGGGGCUUCAUAUUGUGCAUGUACACAAGUAUCUUUGGUGCUGUACUAGUAACGAUAUAUUAUUGUAGGAGUGGCAAGAACGAAGUAGCUGUAUCUUUAUGGGCGUUAAAAUUAUAUUGGGCUUCUUAUUGGACCACCUUGGUAUUGGCGACGGUCAUAACAACAGUUUAUUGGAUUUUUAUAUUCCCAAAUGACCAUCUAAGUGCUUGGGGAAUACACAAUUUGUGGGCGCAUGGGUUCAAUUCGAUAAUGAUGAUAUUCGAUCACAUGUUGGUGGCAUUUCCAUCGCACAUCUUGCACUACGUCUAUCCUUUCGGAUUGGGACUGAUAUAUCUAAUAUUUUCAGUUAUUUAUUACUACGCGGGAGGUGUCGAUCCCUUUGGCAAUCGGUUUAUUUACGAGAUUCUCGAUUGGUCAAAACCAGGAACCGCUACUUUAACUUUUAUCGGAGCAUUGGUAUUGACCUUUGUAUUCUCUUGUAUACAUUUUGGCCUAUAUAAAUUGCGUACAUUUAUUUAUCGCCAACGAAGAAGUCCCAAAAUAACGCUGAAUGUUUAAUACUUAUAAGAUAAUUGUGUGCUUACAUGCCCGGAUAUUGUAGAGAAAUUAUUAAUUAUGUAAUUGAGUAGUUAAGAUAUUGUAAAAAUUAUAUAAUAAGUUUAGCAAAGUUAAUACUAUUUUGGGGUAUUAUUUUAAGAUGCUCGAAGGUGUCAUGCUAAGUUCUGAUUCACAUUUUAUUUUUUAAAACCUGCAACUUAAGCUUGGAACUGCAAACUAUG